UUCCAGUUUACAGGAAUCGAAAAGGCCUUUUAAGAUUAUUUAUAACCCUCCGUUUAAAUUCUUUAAUGUUUUUUGGCUCAUAUAUUCUUUUAUUUUACUCAAUUUUUCAACAAUUAUCAGCUACAGGAUUAGUCGAUUUACUUGUAAUUUCGACCCAGUUAGGAUUGGCAAUGUUUGCUACUUUAGUGAAUUUUUUGGUUAAAAGAGAAUUAACUCGUAUUGUUGGUGUAAUCUCUGUUGAUAAAGAAUCUAAAACAAUUUACAGAAUUGGACAUUUUUCAAAGUUUGGAUUUCGCCAAAAUGAGUAUGCUCGUUUGGGGGAUAUGAAGGAUUUAACAGACAGUAAUUCUACUGGAGUGGCUGGUUAUUCUAAAUUGAUAUGGACUUUUAGACCAAAAAAGGAAUUUCUCCUAAUUCCAAUUUUUGGAUGUGAAAUUGUAGACAAAGAAGCAGCUGAAUUAUUCCUAGGGAAUCUGGAACACUUUAAAUCUUUGCCGGAGACAGAGACAACACCAGAAAUUACUAAAAUAUCAAUUGAAGCAGAAAAUAUAAAACGUUUAGAUGUUCCAAAAGUCAAAGAAGAUUAG